GCUUCUAGGCAUCGCAGGGCAACUUCAAGUCGGGCGAGGCAUAGAGAGUGUUCAUGUUUGCUCUGCGCUCCAUGGCCCCUGCCGACGCCAACCCCGCCGCCUUCCCGCUCUAUCCCUCGAUCAAAGACGUGUGGAACCGCUUUGCACACUUCCACACCUGCCCCACCAUCCAAAAGACCGCUGCCAGAAUCGAGUUGCUCUUUUCGCGCACAUACUCCCUUAUGGACCUACAACCAGGCCACGUGCAAGUGGUCCCAGACAUCACAUGCCAG